AUGACGACACUCUUUGUACAAUCUCUGAAAGAUGCAACAUACUAUGAAACGUUGAUAAGUGGCAUUGGGCAAAAGUUUUCUGAAGUUAUCAGGAUGGGAGACUUCAUAGAGGAAGGUGUUAAGACAAGAAGAAUCACAAAUUUGGCAGCCUUACAGGCAACAAAUAAGGCAAUUCAAGCAGAUUCAGCUAAGAAGAAGAGGGACGGAGUGUCCGCGGUCUUGACCAUCCAGGAACGGAUACUCCAACCAAUUCAGGGAAGAGUUCCUAAUCCCCUUCCUGGAUGGUAUGAUGGGACUAAACGUUAUGCGUAUCACUCAGGAGUUACCGUACAUGAUACUGAAAAUUGCCUUACUCUCAAAGACAAAAUCGAGGCAUUAAUCAAAGAAGGAGUCAUCCAGCUCAAAGGAGCUCCCCCGAAUAUAAUCAACAACCCUCUAGCCAAUCAUGGUGAUGCAAAUAUGAACAUGAUUACCAUUGAUGAAGAUUGCAAUUUGGAAGGGACUAUUGUAUCGGUCAAAAAAGAGGAAAAGGUUGAAUCGUCAGCCUUUAUUGCCCCCGUAAUCACAGUUCAAACGAGGGCACCAAUAGAAGUGGAAGUGCUUACUCCAAGGCCUAGGAUCACGACCUUAGUUGCUCAGGCACCUUUUUUCAACACCAAAGCAGUCCCUUGGAAUUAUCAGUCUGAUGAAAGGAACAAAGCAAAGGAAAAAUUGGUUGUAGAGACUGUUGCUGCUGGAUUGACUAGAUCUGGGCGGUGUUAUGCCCCCGAAGAGGUAGCACGAGGAGCACCAAGUAAGGAAAAUGGUCAAAAGAAGGUUGUGGCCGAGGCUGAAGUCGAGGAAUUCUGGAAGAAAAUGCCGACUAAGGAAUAUUCUGUGGUUGAACAACUAAAGAAAAAACCAGCCCAAAUUUCCUUAUUGGCAUUGUUGAUGAGUUCUGAAAAUCAUAGGGACGCUUUAGUGAAGGUACUGAAUGAAGCUUCUGUUCCAGCUGAGACCUCUAGCGAGAAACUUUCAGCCAUGGUUGGAGAAGUCCUCGAAGCCCACAAAGUUUCUUUUCAUGACGAUGAGUUGCCACCUGAAGGUUUGGGGCACAACAAGGCGUUGAACAUUACAGUCAGAUGCAGGGAAAAAUUCAUUUCCAAGGUGUUGAUUGAUGGGGGUUCAGCUGUUAACAUAUGUCCUGUCACUACUCUCCUAGCCUUAGGAAUUGAUAUUGGGAAACUUCGUGACAGUCACGUGAGAGUUAAAGGUUUUGAUGGAGCUCAAAGAGGUGUCGUAGGGGAGAUUGACUUAGUGUUGGAGAUUGGACCCGUGGAGUUCACGGUGGAAUUUCAAGUGAUGGACAUAUCCUCCAGUUACAACUUGCUGAUAGGAAGGCCAUGGAUCCAUAUGGCUGGUGCAGUCCCUUCUACCUUGCAUCAAAAUUUGAAAUUUGUCUGGAAUCGUCAGGAAAUUGUGAUCCACGGAGAAGGCAACAAUCCGAUCUAUCCCGAAAACUCAAUUCCUGUUAUCGAAAGUGUAGAAAGGCUAGAUGGAUAUGCUUUCCAUAUUAAGGAAACCAUGUGUACUAUUCAAGAUGAAAGGGUAAAAUUGCCACGUGCGCUUAUGAUGGUGGCUUGGGAAAUGUUGAAGAAUGGUUUCAAGCCUGGUCGAGGUCUCAGGGUGAACUUGGAUGGAAUAGUGGAACCAAUUCAGUUACCCGGUCAGAAGGAUACUUUUGGUCUUAGAUACGAACCCACUCUUCAAGAAAUCUCACUGUCAUUUUUCAAGGCAUCCAUCACCCGAGUGACAGAGGAAGUUGCUGAAGACAACCUUGUGGAAGGUCUCAAGAAUCUAUUCAUUGCCGAGAAAGAAACUGAAUGCAACGUGGUUCUGGAUGAUUGCCCUGAAACUCCAACUAUCUGGGAUGCUGAGCCUAGAGAUGUUUUGAACAAUUGGACUUGUACCCCGCCCCCGGUUCUCUGGAAGUCUUGGUAG